AUGACUGUCGCUCAUAUUGUUCUUAUCAAGUUCCGCCCCGAGGUGGCCCAGGAGCACAAAGACAACGUUAUCCGAGAAAUCCAGAAAAUGAAAGAAAUGAACAGUAUCAAGGGACGCAGCCUGGUGGUUGGUGCCUCUAUCACAGUGCCAAUGGAGAGAAGUAAGGGCUUCGAGAUUGCUCUCGUCAGCUUCCAUGAGAAUAAAACAGAGCUGGAAAAGUAUCGGAACAGCGAGGAACACCACAGGAUCACGAGCACGAGCAUCUACCCAUUCCAAGACGAAUCCAUUCGAUUCGACUUUGAGGUAGCCCCAGAGGAUGAUUUUUUGUUGAAUAUCUUAUCCCUCCAGGAUAAUAAGAAGCAGUAG